CACUGUCACAUUUUUCAUAAUAAAAAUGGUGUCCUGGAGUGCUUUAGGCCGAUCUUUCGGCACAAACUUAUUUAAAAAUAAUAUAAAAGCGCCGUUCGUUGUGCAAAAUGUAAAUUUCUCGGUGGGCAAAAAGCUAGCCAGCGAUCAUGGACACAGAACCAUGGCAUUGCAGCCGUCCAGGUGGCAAUGGCACAAAUUCAAGGAUAUGUUCCACUACUACCUAAUGAUGGGCCUCAUCCCUGUUGGUGCUAUCAUUUUCUAUACCAACGUGUUUAUUGGGCCUGCCCAGUUAACGCCUAUCCCUGAUGACUACCACCCUAAGCACUGGGAGUACCACCGUCACCCUAUCACCAGAUUCAUUGCCCGAUACAUUCAUAACAGUCCUCAACAGGAAUAUGAAAAGUUCCUGCAUUUCAUAGAUGAAGAAGCUCAGAGGCAGAAACUGAGAGCUCUAGAAAAAGAGGUUACCAGAAAGAUGGCAGAAAGAAACGAUUACCAAGCUUAUUACUAUCGCCCAAUGGUCAACAAAUAUCUUCGCAUCAACAAGAAAGCUGGUGAUGAUAUUAUGGAACGUGUUGGUGACGAUUAUAAAGAUUAAGGCAAAAGUUGUUAUACUGGCAUUUUAGUGAAUUUAGGAAUCAAGUGUAAAGCAACAUAUUGUCCUAUGUAGAUAAGUGUAACCUUCAAAUUUUUCUUUUGAUAAUUGCUUUUAUUUGUAACUAUCAAUAGGAGAUCCUUUCAUAAACUUUUAGUUUUUGUUGCAAAUAUUAUAUGAGAUUUAAAUAUUA